UGAAAACGUCAGAGAAGAGUUAAAGCUCUUCCACUGAAUUUAUCCCGAGCCAAGUAGUCCUCAGUUCUCGGCCAAUAUGAAGCUUCACUGGCUGCUCCUGGCUGUUUGUCUGGCCUGCUCGCUGCGGAUCAGCUGCGGCACCGGCACCUCUACCACUUCCACUACCGCUGCAGCGAGUGUGACCAGCACCAGCGCCAGCGCCGCCGACGCCACCUCCACCACCACCACCACCACCACCACCACCACCACCACCAGCGCCUCCACCCCGGACGCCAGCACUUCGGCCAGCAGCAGCAGCAGCGACGAUGCUACCACAGCCGCCAGCAGCAGCAGCAGCAGCAGCAGCAGUAGCAGCUCCUCCAGCAAGAAGAGUGCCGCUGCCAAGCGCAAGGCCCGGCUACGUCGUCGGAGGGCUGCCAAAAGGAGGGCGGCCAGAAGGCGUGCUGCCAGAAGGAGGAACAGGGGCUAGACAGGACGGACAGGAACCGAGACCGAGACCGAUACCGAUACCGAUACCGAUACCGAUACCAAUAGCGAUGAGGACGAGGCGGCCCCAUUGGAUUGAGAUGGCUGCUCCCCCGCACGCUGGAAGCUCAAAUUUUUUGUUGUACCCCUCUUUGUGUAUGUCAAUGUUCAGUAAUUAAAUAUGUAUCCUGGGCUAUGGUUUAGAAAUGCUUUAAAAAAAUAA